AUGGCUAAGAGUGCAGACUUUUGUGGGCAGAUGAUGGAAUUCAUGGAUGACUGCCCCCCUGUCUACGAUCGUUUCCGUUACCGUGACAUCCACUCCUGUCAGGUGAUGGAUGUUACUGGAUCUUCUAUGAACAUCCCAACUACAGAAAUCAUCUUCUACGAGGACAGGAACUUCCAGGGUCGGCACUAUGAGUGCAGCUCCGACUGUGCCGACCUCUCCCCUUACUUCAGCCGCUGUAACUCCAUCCGUGUUGACAGUGACUGGUGGGUGUUGUACGAGAGACCCAACUACAUGGGAUACCAGUAUGUCCUGAGCAGGGGAGAGUAUCCUGACUACCAGCGCUGGAUGGGAUUCAGUGACUGUGUCAAGUCCUGUCGCAGUUACCCACCUUACCGAGGGGGCACCUACAGGAUGAAGAUUUAUGAGAAGCCUGAAUUUGGAGGGCAGAUGAUGGAAUUCAUGGACGACUGUCCCUCUGUCUACGAUCGUUUCCGUUACCGUGACAUUCACUCCUGUCAGGUGAUGGAUGGUUACUGGAUCUUCUAUGAACAUCCCAACUACAGAGGCCGACAGUACUUCCUUAGACCAGGGGAAUACAGGAGAUACAUUGACUGGGGCGGCUACAACUCAACCGUUGGUUCCUGUAGACGAAUGAGGGACUUCUAG